UCCCUUUCCUUGCUGUCAAUUGGGCGUCGAAAAGGACUCCUGAAUAAAUGUACCACCAAUUGUACCAGCCUAUACGUCCGCAUCCGCCACACCCAUGACUCAUGCAGAAUCACGUGCAGAAAGCGUACACGCAUGUGAUGCAUGCCGGGGCCAACGCACUCCUGCGCUCCGUUGCACGUGCCGUAUCCGCGGCCGGUGUUAUCUUGCUUUUUGUCCCAGGUCCUACGUUUGAGAGUGCUUCACAGCUUCUUCCUCUUUUGCACACAACGUUGCUUCCUCUUCUUCCUCUGGGUCUCCAGCACAAAAUGUAUCCCACCAACGUCUCCAACAAUGUGCUAUCUGUAACCAACACAGCAUCCUCUCAGGCGUCUUCCCAGGUCCAAAACUACUCUCAAACUCCCUCCCAUCCCACUUUUAUUUCCAAUUUCAUUACUAAUUCUGGCUCCAACUCUAACAACUCUAACAACUCUAACAACUCCAAUACCCUAAAUAACUUGUCUGCUUUGAGCAAUCCAAACAAAACAGUCAACUCAAACAACUUAGCCAAUUCAAGAACCCCAAACAACACAAAUUCAAAGGUGAAUGGCCUGAAUCAUGCUCAUAAUGCCUAUCUCGAAAAGUACAAUUUGAUAAUAGAUAGGUUAUCUGAUAAGUACAUGACUUGGGAAAUUUACUGGGAUAUUCCUUCCUCUUAUUUCAGUGAUUCGACUAUCAUCAACAACAAGCUAAUUGAUCCCUUGGUAUUAAGACAGAAUCAUGAUGUCUUCAAAUUAAUAUUAAUUCAAUUUCCCUUCUUUAAAAAUUUAAAUAAUUUUACUAAAAAGAUGAAACUCGGCUUUAUCAAAUUAACUCCUUUAAAUAAAAGCUUGAUUCUGAAAUUUCCUUUUCAAUUUAAUGAUUUAAAUGUUUUCAUUGACAGUUUUUUCAAUCCCUUUGUUAACUACGUCAAUUUCUUAAACAAAUCUCUAAUCGUUCCCAUAAUUAACAUAAUCCACAAUAUCUCAAAGCCCUUUAUUGAUAUCAAAUUCUUUUUGGAUUAUUUCAUUACCGUAUCAAAUCAAUCAACAAAAUAUUGGUCUGCCAUCUUAAGAAAAUUUAUCGAAAUCCAAUUUUACAUAAAUCUAGGAAACUUUUUUAUAAAUGAUUCAAUUAAUAAUCCAAACAUUUAUAACUCUAUUUUCAAGAAAUUCUUUGACUGGAUAAAAACUUUAUCAAUCGAUAGGUCAAAUUUCAUAAUUUCAACUGAUUUCUUGAAUAAUUUCUUAAAAGACCCUCUCCAAUUCUUAUCCCACAAUUUAAAAAUCUUGAAAAAUUUCCAGAAAAUUUAUCCCUCUUUUCAAAAUUUCUCCCAAACUUUAAAAAAUUAUUCCUAUGUCUAUAAUACAAUUUUGAAAUUUAAUAAAUUCUAUCAAACUAAUGCUAUGAUUAAAAUCUUAAACUGGAGAUUCAAUCAAUCCGACAUUGUCUCUUUUCAAAAUUUCCAAAAUUUUUAUUUAAAUGUAAUAUUAGCUUACACGAAUAAUGACCUAUCAACUUCUAUCCAUCUAGUCUUAUUUUCAAAUUACUUAUUCAUAACAAAAUUCAAUCAUGAUACAUUCACCUUCAUUCCUCUACAAUCUCCAAUUCCUCUAAAAAAUCUAAUCAUUAAAAGAUAUGUCAAUAUUAAUCUUUUAUCAAAUAACAAUGCAAUUAUCAACAAUAAUAUCUUGAAUUUAAAUCUAUCUAAAAUUGGCUUUAUAAAUACUUCAAUUAAACAAAAUCCAAACAGGUACAGAAAUUCCGUAAAUGAAUUUAUCUGCUAUAUUGAAGACUAUAAUUUCGAAUUCCAAAAAUUUUUAGAUUGGGAUUUCUUAUUAUCCAAUUCUAUUCAAAUUAAUAUAAAUAAUAACAUAAAUAUCAAAAAUAUCUUUCCUAGCAAUUCUUUAGAUCUUGAUAUCGAUUCAGACACAGAUUUCUCUGACAUUUUACAAAAUUUGAUUUCAAUUAAUUGGAGAUCUUUUUUUUAUCCUAUAAAUUCAGAAAAAAAAUGCGAUGACUUGGAUAUUGAAACCCAAAAUCAACAAUCUCUUCUCUAUGAAAUCAUUAAACGACAAUUUUCUUUUUUUUACUACAUAAGAAUCUUUAUCGACGAUGGAUGCCAAUAUUGUGAUGAUGAAGAUGAAUCAGGCAAUAUCUUUUAUCCAUUUAAAAUAGAUUUCUUCUUGGAUAAUUGUUUCGAAAAUUUAAAUUCCCUUUUUUUUACUUCAUUUAAAGAAAAAUUGAUCGUACCUUUAUUUAAAUUGCUUUAUCAGUCAAAAGGCUCCAUUUUAAACGAUUUGGCAAUUUUAUCAAUCUUAAAAAACUGGCUACUUAUAUCCUUUAAAAUCUGGAAUAAAAUUUUAAUCAAAUACUCAAAGGUCUCUCUCUUCUUAAAAUGUGCAAAUUUAAUUAUCUUCAAUAGUAUCGAAUCUAAAAACCUAGACUUCCUAGAGAGAUACUUGGAAUGGUUCAAAGGAAUGGAAGAAUAUUUAAUCUCAAACUCAAUUAUUGAUUAUGAUUUUUUUCAAAAUGAAGGCACAAUUAAUAAAUCGGAAUUUAGAGGCUUUCCAAUAAAACCUUAUCAUCACAUUAAUAACAAUUUAAAUCUAUUAAACGAUUUGUUAAAAUCUUAUAAUACAGUUCAAGAUUUUAAUAAUCAAAUUCAGGACCAAACAGACAAUUCUAAGGAUGUUAAUAUGCCUAACAAUGAAAACAAUGAAAAUAAUGAAAAUAAUAAUGAAAAUAAUAAUGAAUUAAAAAUAAAAAGUUGCGAAGAAUUAAUUGAUUCAAUUACCAAAGCAGAUAGUAAUUUAUCAACUUUAAACCAAUCUUUGGAAGCUAAUUUUCUUUUAAAAUAUUUGGAUAUUAAUAUUAAUAACAAAAAUAUAUUAGAAUUGAAACUAGAAUCUAUAAUUAAGGGAAAAAUGGCAAGCACGGAAUAUCCUUAUGACUUUAAACAAACAGAAGUGAUUUAUUAUCUAAAAGAUAACAUCAUGACAUUUGAAGACCAAGUUUUUAUCUUCAUUUUAAACAAAUACUUGAUAGUUUGCAAAAUUUUAAAACUAAAAAAUGACUCAGAUCCAAUAAACGAGUAUGAAAACUAUGAAGGCGCACAUUUUAGUGUUACCGAUGAUAUUGAUUAUGAUAGUGAUGUGAACAUAAGUGACGAAAUGGAUAUUGAAAUGGAAAAUGGCAUAAAAACAGAAAGAAAUUAUGAUAUGGUCAAUAAUAAAGACUUUGAUACAAAAAAUAUAAAUGACUAUCAUAAUGAACAUAAAAAUGAUACUCAGAAACUUGAUGAAUAUGCUUAUUUCAAAUUAUUUGAAAAAUUUCAAAUAGUUGCGUUAAAUGACUUGAAAAUUAAAAAAUACUCCACUUUUAAGAAUCAGUCUCAUAUAUUAACAAACAUUGAAAUAAUUGAUAAAAGCAAACAUAAUGAAAAUGAUAACACAAUGAUGGAUAGCCAGAAUAAUUCUCCUGUUAAUACUAAUAAUACAAAUAGAAAAAAUUCCAUUGAGAAAACAGAGGGGAAUUUUUAUACCAUAAUAGAUAACGCAAAUAUAUUUGACAGGUUUUUAUAAGUAAAAACUGAAACUUUUUUAAUAUCAUCUUUUUGUUUCAAUUUCAUUUAUAUUUUAAUUUUAAUUUUAAUUUUUAUUCUCAUUUUUGUGGUUUUAUUCUCAUUUUAUUUUAAUUCAUUCUUUAUUUUUUAUUCCAACAUUUUUUUUC